CUCUCUUUUUCCUUGUUUUUUUUGUCUCCUUGUUGUUUGAUUUCAUUUGAGCAAACUCAAUUUAUUUAUCAGUUUCAAAUUCCCAUCUAGGACUAUGAAAAUAAACCCAAAAAUAUAAUCUCGGGCACAAACUUAGUUGACUCUGAAGUUUUGAAGUAGAGGUUACAUAGAUUUCAUUUUCAUAGCCUUGUUUCACUCCAGUUUUGUUGGGUUUGACAGAUUUUUGCAAUAGUAUAAUACGGAAUAGAUUAACUAUUUUGUUAAUUCUAGGAUGAUAUAGUUUCUUUUCUUUUCUAAAUCGAUUUCAUAUUCUAUGAUUUGGGUUUUAGAAAUUUUGACUGAAUUGAGGAUAUUAAAAGGUCUUGCAGAUUUUGAUUGAAUCUCUGGGUUUUGAGUUUUGUUGGAUUGUAAUAUGGAUGGAUCUCAUGGUAGUUCUACUGCUCCGGCACCUUUUCUUUCGAAAACAUAUGAAUUGGUGGAUGAGGCAUCAUCUGAUUCUGUGGUGUCAUGGAGCCAAAGCGGUUGUAGUUUUGUAGUGUGGAAUCCAACUGAAUUCGCUAAGGAUUUACUUCCUAUGUAUUUCAAGCACAAUAAUUUCUCGAGCUUUGUGAGGCAGCUUAACACAUAUGGAUUUAGGAAGAUAGAUCCUGACCAGUGGGAGUUUGCAAAUGAAGAAUUUAUUAGAGGACAGAGACAUCUUUUGAAGAAUAUCCACAGACGCAAGCCAAUUCAUAGUCAUUCUGUGCCGAAUCAAGGAAAUUCUUCGGCUUCUUUAACUGAGGCAGAAAAACAGGAAUAUGAGAAGGAAAUCAAGAGACUGAAACACGAUAAGAGGUUGCUUCAGUUAGACCUAGAGAAGCAUGCGAGAGACAAUCAGGAAUUUGAGUAUCAAAUUCAGUCAUUACGUAACCGGUUCCAGAGUCUGGAACAUCGUCAGAAGCAAUUGAUGAUCUUCGUGGCCGAACAUCUGCAGAAUCCAGAGUUUGCCUCUGUACUUAUACACCAGUCGGAAAUCCAUAACAAAAGGAGGAAGUUGAAAUCUAAUCACAUUUCUGAUGAAUCGAAUUUGGAAGAAAAUUGGAACUUGAAUCUACAAAAAGAAAACCAAGAUGCAGUUUCUGCUUGCAUGUUGAAGAUAGAAAAGGUUGAGAAGCUGCAAUCUUCGAUAGAAUAUUGGGAAGAACUUAUGUGUGAAGUUUGUAGUGAUAUUGGUCAAGAAGUUAUUGAUACUUGUCUAUUGCCACAGACCUCUCCAACAGCUUCUGAAGUACAAGACCCUGAGAUACAUGAGGGACAUUGCUCACCAAGAUCACAUAUAUCUUCACCCAACUCAUUUGAUGUUCAUUCAUCUCCGGAGAUGCUGGCUGGGUCCUCAAAUCAUACUGACAGCCCUAUUAUGGUGUCAAUCUUUACCAAUGUCAACAUUCAAAAAAAAUCUCCAAAUAUUGAUAUGAAUACAAAGCCUGUUGGUGUCCCCGAGGUUGAGGCUUUUGAAACGAAGGUUGUACGAACCAAGGGUGGUUCACCAACUAAAGUGAAUGAUCUCUUCUGGGAGCAAUGCUUGACAGAGAUUCCAGGUUCUUCUAACAUACAGGAAGACCAGUCGGAAAGAAGGGAUAUGGACAGCGAAGUGAAUGAUGGUGAGGGGACUAUUCAAAGAAACUUAUGGUGGAACAUGAAUAAUGUAGAAAAGCUCACACAACAAAUAGGACACCUCACUCCAGCUAUGUGAUUUAGUUUAACUUUCCUUGACAUUCAAAGUUUUGAUGCCUUGUUGUAUACUAUUAUGAGAUACUUUGUUCUUGUAGGUUAUAGACAUUACACUUUCUGCAGCUCAUUGUGGAAGUAUACAUCAGGUAUAUGUUCUGAUGAGCAAGAGAGUAUACAUAUUCAUUUAGUUCUGUAAAUAUAUGAUGUUAGAUUAUAGAACUUGACCCUUGAUCAUUUAGAUUCAUUUGGAUAUAUGGUAUUUGAGAUUUGGUA